UAAUAUAAAUUCAUUAAUAAGUAGUAGUAGUAUACCAAAUAUUGUAAAUAAAUAAAUAAGUUAUUAAUUAGACAUUAUGACUGUUGAAGAUCUGAAGCCUCAAACUGUAGCUGUGGUUGGAGCAGGGUUAGUAGGAUGUCUUGCGGCACUUGCAUUCCAAAAGAAAGGAUUUGAAGUCACUUUAUACGAUAUGAGACCCGAUCCAACAUUAACUGAAGAUAGAAGACAAAAGAAUCUUCGGUCAAUUAAUUUAGCCGUUAGUAGCAGAGGUAUUGCUGCAUUAAAGUAUGUGGAUGAAGAAAUGGCUUCAAGAAUAUUAGAACAUAUCAUACCAAUGAAAGGUAGAAUGAUUCAUGAUAUUACUGGUAAAAAACAAGAAUCUCAAUUAUAUGGACUCUUUGGAGAAAGUAUUAAUUCUAUUGAUAGAUCAUUUUUAAAUGAAUGUCUUAUUAAAGAAAUUAAACUAGCUGGAGUUAAAAUUCAUUUCAAUUAUAAAUUAGUUAAAAUCUUGGGAUUAGAAAAACCUGAUGAAUUAGUUACUUUAUCAUUUGUACAUUCUCAUAGUGAAUUUCAUACUGCAAAAUAUGAUUAUUUGGUUGGAGCUGAUGGUGCUUAUUCUCAAGUUAGAUAUCAAAUGCAAUAUUUUAUGAGAAUGAACUUUUCUCAAGAGUAUAUAGAUAUGCAAUACUUGGAACUUUAUAUUCCUCCAAAUAAUGAUCCCGAAGCUUCCAGUAAAUUUUCUAUUGAUGCUAAUCAUCUUCAUAUAUGGCCAAGACAUAAUUAUAUGCUUAUUGCAUUGGCCAAUGAAGAUGGAUCAUUCACAUCGACAUUUUUCAGUCCUUGGUCAGUUAUUGAAUCAAUUAAAUCUUCUGAUGAAUGGCUUACAUUCUUUGAAAGUAAUUUCCCUGAUGCUUAUAAAUUAAUUGGAAGUGAACAAUUGGCUCAAGCAUAUGAUCAUAAUCCUCGUGGAGCUUUAAUGAGAGUAAAUGUUUAUCCUUAUCAUGAUCCUAAUGGUAAGGCUCUUUUAAUUGGUGAUGCUGCUCAUUCUAUGGUUCCAUUCUAUGGUCAAGGUAUGAAUUGUGGAUUUGAAGAUGUUAGAGUAUUAAUGGAGUUAUUGGAUCAAACGAAUUUGAAUGUUAAUGAAGCAUUCCAACAAUAUUCCGAUGCUAGAAAGAAAGAUGUGGAUGCUAUUUGUAAACUUGCUUUGGACAAUUAUAAGGAGAUGUCAUCUAAAGUUACUAAUAGUUGGUUUUUAUUAAGAAAGAAAUUAGAUUAUACUUUAGGAAGAUAUAUUCAUGGUAGAUUAAUUCAAUGGCUUCCAUUAUAUACCAUGAUAUCGUUCCGUGAUGAUAUUCCUUAUUCUAAGGCCAUUGAAAUAGAAAAAAGACAAUCUAAAAUUUUAUCUAGAAUUCAAUAUGGUACAGUUGGAGCUGUACUUGUAUAUGCUACUAUAUAUGCCGCAAAAUUCUGGCAUAAAUUUAAUAGGCAAAAUUAGAGCUACAUAUAUUGCCAACAAUUAAUGACUUAACGUUACCAAAUGUUUAUAUUCAUGACAAUUCCACUAUAUAAAGGCUUCAAUACACUUAUAUAUAUAUACACACACACACCUUGUUACUAUAAUAAUAAUAUAAUUUAAUACCUACUAGUU